AUGGAACCCGGUGCCAGGGGCCGGUCCCCUGCCUCCCGGCGCGUCACACAGAAGCUAGGCGGCGACACCGUCCUCAGCAUCCCUUAUCGCCCUCGGAAAGAUGCAUCCAAAUCGCGGAAGACUGCAGCUGUCAACAUCGACACGACCGUUGCCCGGCGCCAGGACCCGGAGCUUGACUUCAAGCUCCCAGCCGCCGCCGAUGCUCUCUCGUUAUCCGGCACCACGCCCCCCACCAGUCCGACUAUCUCCAACUUCCCGGUCAUCUCCAAGUCCAUGACUCCCGACUCCAAGACCGGACGUCCUCAACUGGUUCUCACCGACGCUCAGGGCAAAGUGGCCUCCAAGGGCGGAGAGGACGCCUCCUUCCGAAAACAUAACCGUGGCAUCGGCUCCAUUGACUCUCUCCUAUCGUCCACAACCUAUGUCAACACUCAGUCGGAAUGUAGCCGAGCAGAGUCUCGCCUUUCCCGGGAAAUUCGCAUCGAGGUGGAGGACACCGAUGCUGGCGAGCCCGUCACUCCUCACCGUCAGCCGAAGAAGCAAACUAGCAGACUCCAGCUGGCCCCGCCUAGCAUCGCGGAGUAUGGCUCCGUGGUCACUCGUGUUGAGGGCCGGGACUUUGAGGAGGAGGAUGAAGCCAAAUUGGUGGAUGAAAUCUCGUCUUUGGUUCUGCGAAAUAGUUUCGGCAAGGAUCUGGACGACUGUGCCGCCCCGCUGUUAGUUUGGGAUUGCACCUACCGCUACCUGCAGGAGCUUUGGUCCGCCUCUCACGAAGGAAACCUCGGGUUUGUUCAGGCCACAUCCGGCCACGGUACCCCAACAUCUCACCACGGGGGAACUCCAGCUUCCAGCCAGGACCAACAGAAUUCUGGACUAUCUGGGAAAGGGAAACGGAAGGCGGAUGGGGGUAGCGACGAUGGAAGCGGUUUCAACGGUCGAGGAGACCAAGGCGAUGAUGAGAGGGACAUCUCGCCCGUCUCACAAGUUUACAGCACGAAAGGGAGCAUCACCAACUAUAGUUGCCCUUAUCGGAAGCGGAACCCCCUUCGAUUCAACGUGCGAGACUACUUUGUCUGCGCUACACAUUCUUUCGCCGAUAUGUCCCAACUCAAAAAACAUAUCCGAGCUCACCACCCCCCUGUGCAAAGGCAUGCGGGUCCGUUUUCUUGUCCCCGGUGCUCGGAGGGGUUCAUCACGAAGAACGAUCUUGACUCUCAUCUGAGGCAACCCGAGGUCUGUCGCAUUUCGUUCGACAAUGGGGGCACGGACCCCGAAGAUGGUAUUACCCAGAAAAUCAUCUCGUCCUUGGAAGCUAGAAGCCUCAAGGCCAAGAUUGACAACUGGAUUUCCUUGUGGAAACUUCUCUUCCCUAAGGACCCCGAGAGCCAGAUUCCUAAUGCAGUGUUUGUCCCGGUGAUGGAAGUAUUCGACUUCAUCUCGGAAUCCAAAAGGUUCCUUGACAGAAUGAAGGAUCUGCUCGAAAUACAGUACCGGCACAUCAUCGAGGGGGCAUCCCAGUUGUUCGACGUCGAGCUCAAGAUCCAUCAGGGCUUAGAACGGAGCGCCAAUUCCAUCUACACCUGGAUUGAAACAGUGGUCCAGGACUGGGAGAAACGGAUUGCGGGCACCGUGUCGCCAUUCACGAGUUCGGCAAUAAGCCAACCGGCGACGAGCGAUAGCUGGGCUUCAACACCUCGCCUUCCGCCUUCUCCUGCCCCGACCCCCACCGUCGUUGCUGGGAACACGGCUGCAACAGGUGUCGCACCCGGGACUGAAAGCCCUGGUGCCUCUACCCCUGCGGGGCUUCGGGGUGUAGCUGCCCGGAAGCGCUCAAACCCCCAAGUUAAACGAGCCAAGCGGCCUGAUAUCCUGCCUAAAAUUGCACCGCCGACUCAAAUUCCGCUUCCCAUACAACGGGCCCGGACGCCACAGCCGCAAGCGAGGGUUGCAAGCAACCCCUUUGGCCCCGCUCCAGCUGUUCUCCCUAGCCAGUCCGUUCCGAUGCCUCCCUCAACCACGCAAGGGCUUAACGCCAGCGCGUCUUACCACGGUAACUGGGACGCCCCUGCGGUGACAGUUAGCGGCGCAUAUCCUGUUUCCUACACGAGUCCUAGCGACGGUUUCCCACACCCAGCCAUGGCAACCGCGCAUUAUCAACCGAUCCAUCCAAAUCAACUCGAAAUCCAACCCUCGUACCUCGGCCCCAAGCAGCCUGAGACCAUAUCGCCCGAUGCAAUGCACGAUAUAGACCCGCGCCCACAAUCUGCUGCUGCUAUCCAUGUCAACCGACUGACCAUGUCCACGAACCCCAGGUCAUCGCUUGGCACCCUCAGUUGGAUCCAAAGCCGCGACGAGAACCGGGACUCGAGCCAAACACUUGUUGAAGCACAUCCUCCGGGAAGGUGCGCCAACAUGUACUGCCCCAGCUGCAACAAGACGUUACCGGACGACAUGAUGGCUCAGCCGUCGCCUGUGGGCAUUCACCCGGUCACUGGAGCCCCCCAACACCACACUUUCCACACUUCAAAUGCUGGACAGGGCCCUCCGUUCCAGACCUCGAGCCCCGGAGAGGUGCAUGGAUUCAACGAUCAGGUGUGGUCAUUCAAUACCGCAGGAGGGGGGAUGCCCGGGGAAAAUGAUCACAUGUUCGGAGGAGGCCAUCAUGGACCGCAGGCGGGGUACUAG